UGUUAUUUCUCUUUCGUGGAUAGAUAUCCUCACGCCAAGCGCCGCCGGAGGGACAAGAAAACGACCCACUCACUGAGUGUGCCACAGCCGACGUGUUGCAAUCAAGCAGAGGACCAAGCAGUCAUUCUCCUGCGGGUUGAGAACGACCGUGUAAUUGAUUACGCUUUGAUGGCAUGUAUCAGGGUUUCCUGACACCCGGCAGAUAACGGAGGAAAGCUCCAGCUCUUUGAUGUCUGUGGGUCCAUUCAUCCUCCUGGUGUAAUGACGUCUGUACGGUUAUUAUAAUUGUAUCGGUGAGACAUUUGUGAAUCCAGCCCUCCCCUCCCAACCCAACCGUGAGCCGGUGUCGGGGAGAGCGAGGCUGAGGCGGUCGGCAGUUGGAAGGAUAUGGGAGAGGAGCGGAACCGAUGCUGCGGGUCUUGGCAAGGCAUCGUCAAAAUUCAGGGCAGUGAUGCCUGGUAUGGUGAUGUUUCGGCGGCGCUGGUCAGUUGGCAGUGAUGACCUGGUGCUGCCCGCCCUCUUCCUUUUUCUAUUGCACUGCAUCUGGUUGGUAGUUCUAUCUGUGGUUCUGUUCGGCCUCCCGUAUGGCUCAGACCAGUCCUGUUCUGUAACGCUGGUGGACCAUGGCCGAGGGUACCUGGGCAUCCUGGUCAGCUGCCUUAUCUGUGAGAGCGCCAUCAUGUGGUUGAGCAUGAGAGGCAGCAUUCUCUAUACUCAGCCCAGGGAAGCUGUGCAGUAUGUCAUCUAUAUACGACUAGCAAUCCUGUUGGUCGAGCUAGUGUAUGCUGUGGUGGGAAUUGCCUGGCUUGUCCAGUAUUACCAGCCAUGCUCUGAUGUCACUGCCAAAAACCUGGCUUUGGGAAUUGUUGCAUGCAACUGGCUCGUGAUAUUCAGCGUUUGCAUUACCCUCAUGUGCACCUUUGAUCCUACUGGUCGGACAUUUGUCAAACUGAAAGCCACCCGUCGGCGUCAGCGUAACCUCACUACGUACACACUCAGACACAGGCUAGAGGAAGGCCAAGCCAGUAGCUGGAGCAGGAGACUAAAGUUCUUUAUGUGCUGCACAAGAGCCCAGGAUACACAAUCAGAUGCGUAUUCAGAAGUGGCCAGCCUUUUUGCAGAGUUCUUCAGAGACCUGGACAUUGUGCCUAGUGAUAUUAUUGCUGGCCUGGUACUUCUCCGCCAGAGACAGAGGUCUAAGAGAUCUUCAAUCCUGGACCAGGGCAACAAUGAUAUUUUAGCCUUCUUAUCUGGAAUGCCUGUCACUCGUAACACAAGAUACCUGGACCUUAAGAACUCGGCCGAGAUGAACAUGUACAAAGAUGUGUGUUAUUACAUGCUCUUUGCCCUGGCUGCAUAUGGUUGGCCCAUGUACCUAAUGAGGAAGCCUGCCUGUGGGCUGUGCCGCCUUGCAGCUCCUGCCCGCUGUACGUCAGUGUCUAGCUCUCGGUUGUCUCAGUCCGUGACAGUGGAGGAGGACAACUGUUGUGGCUGUAAUGUCCUGGCCAUACGGAGACACUUCCUGGACAGGGACCUCAAGCAGGUUCAAAUUGUCUACACUUCCUGCCAUGAUGCUGUUUACGAGACUCCGUUUUUCGUGGCAGUGGAUCAUGCGAAAAAGAAAGUUGUCAUCAGCAUCAGAGGAACAUUAUCGCCAAAGGACGCCUUGACUGAUCUGACGGGGGAUUCUGAACGUUUGCCUGUAGAAGAGCAGCAGGGCACCUGGCUUGGCCACAAGGGAAUGGUUUACUCAGCAGAAUACAUUAAGAAGAAACUGGAGCAGGAAAUGAUCUUGUCACAAGCCUUUGGCAGAGACUUGAGCAAGGGCACCAUGCACUAUGGGCUGGUGAUAGUCGGGCAUUCUCUUGGUGCAGGCACUGCUGCUAUCCUCUCCUUCCUGCUGAGACCUCAGUACCCCACACUUCACUGCUACUCUUACUCUCCACCUGGUGGCCUUCUUAGUGAGGAUGCCAUGGAGUACUCCAAAGAGUUUGUCACAUCUGUGGUAUUGGGAAAAGACCUCGUACCAAGGCUUGGCCUGUCACAACUGGAGGGUUUCCGACGCCACCUUCUGGAAGUCUUACAGAAAAGUAACAAGCCAAAGUGGAGGAUCAUUGCGGGAGGUACCAAAUGCAUCCCCAAAUCAGAGCUUCCAGUAGAGGAUGAUGAUCCUCAGUCUCAGCCAGCAGCGCCCCCCAGCAGUCGCCUGUGGCUCCACCCCAGUGACCUCAGCAUUGCCCUUUCAGCCUCCACCCCCCUUUACCCUCCUGGCAGGAUCAUCCACGUGGUGCACAACCAUCCUCCAGAGUCAUGCUGUGGCCAGGAGGAGCCAACAUACUCGGCUCUGUGGGGGGACAACAACGCCUUCAAUGAGGUCAUCAUAUCACCUGCCAUGCUUAAUGAGCACAUGCCCCACAUGGUGAUGGAGGGCCUAAAUAAGGUGCUGGAGAACUACAACAAAGGGAAAACCGCUUUGCUGUCAGCAGCCAAGAUCAUGGUGAGCCCCACAGAAGUGGACUUGAACCCAGAGAGCAUAUUCGUGGAUACAUCAACAACUUCUCAGCAGCCGACGCCUACGACCCACCACCGCAGGAACAGUAGUGUUCGUUCGUGUGCCCAGUCUGAAAUAUCUCUGGAUGGUUUCUCUGAGUGCCCUCCUCCCCCAGUGCCUGUUGUGCUGCGUGGAGCACGGGAGCGCCUGGCGGUGGAGCUGAGGGACCGCAAAGCACCGCUGGCUGUCAUGGAGAGUCUCUCAGACGCCGAAUCCCUCUACAGUCUGGAUUCCAGACGCUCCUCAGCUGCGCUAAGGGGUUCACCAAUGCUGAGUAGCCUCCCAUUCCCUUUGGAUGCCCCGAUCCCAGAGGAGAACCCGUCUCUCAGCUCUCGCACUGAACUACUGGCUGCUGACUGCCUCUGCCAGGCAACGCCAGAGCACCUGGGUGAGGUUGGGCCCUUCUUUACCCCACUGGAAUCCGCAUCUACCCCGGAUUACCCCAUGCGGCUGUCUCCCGCCACACCUCGUUACAGUGGACACCAUUCCCCAGCUCUUCUAAACCAGAGCGUCUUGGCUCAGCCUUUCAAGCCAGAGGCUAACGCCAACCCAAAAAUGCUUCCUGAUGGGGAUCACCAACAGAUACCUGGUGUCUACAGCCCGGGUAGCACUCCUAACGCUCCCCUCAGCCCACAAAUUGGUUCUAGACCAUUAGAUAGAGAAAAGGAAGAUUGGGAGCUGGAUACAGCAGAGAAACGUUUAAGUGCAGAGACCAGACCGGCAGCUUCAACUCCUCCACCCCAACUAUCAAAUGGAAACCCCAGCCAAGCAGUGCUGGAAUUUGCCCAGUACUUAGACUCUCUAUUCAGAUUGGACGGCAGCAGCUCACCACCUCUGGAGCUCUCUGACGGGGAGUCAGAGUCAGGCCGGGGCUCCUUUGGGCAGGGUGAGUGUCUCGGAGAUGGACAGCAGUUGGAUGACAAACAACUUCUGGCCAGAGCAACACUGGAGCCUAACCUAGUACCCAAGCCCCCACGCACUUUUGCUGGAUCUGCUGACCCCUCUUCGGGCAUCUCUUUGUCACCCUCCUUCCCUCUCUCGUCGUCUGAGGAGCUCAACGACCUUUCCCCCGGUGAGGGUACCCUGCCAGCCAUACACUCCCUACGAACAUCUCCCCCUUGCCACUGUCCUGAAGAGAACACACUAUCAUCUAUGGUGUAGUGUGCUUCCAAGACUCCAGUGUCCUUUGCUCUAAAUUGAGAGGUGCAGUAAUCGGAAUUUUAAAACAUAUCACAGUACAUGCAUGCGAUGGAAUGCAGUCACUCAUCAGAGAUCCAAUGUGAACUUGACGGACCAACUCACAAACUAUUUCCAUUCUUCAGGUGUCUCCUUUGAACGCUGUUUAUAGCAUUUUCACACUAUUGCAAUGACUAAGAAAAAAAAAAAGAUACCUCUCUCUGCAUGCCAGGGGGCUGUACUGCUUUUGGGUGAAUAUAAAGAAACUGUAGCUUCAUAAUGUCAUUCCAAAACGAUGUUGUCUCACCCAAAGGACACGUCAGCAUUACAUAAAUUCCCUGACUUUACAAAAUCAAAGGGAGAAUAUUUAACUGAGCAGGGAUUCAAAAACUAACACUGUAGAAGAGGUUAGCAUAGGCACAUCAUCUGGGUUGAUGUACUGUACAACUUCCUGCACCCUCAGCAGCUCCAGCUUUUACUUUAUUUUUCAAAAUCAGGAAUGUGAAGAUGGACAUAUUUGUCAAUCAACCGAAGCGAGAAGACAUUAUGAAAUGUUCCUCAGGUCUAUAAAGAAUUGACUUUGAGAAAGAGAGUAAGUGUGUUAAAUUGGUGAGAAUUCAUGUGUCUUAAAAUGUAGUGAUUGUGACAGAAGUUAUUACAGACGCCUAUGGAUGUUUUUGAGUCUUUUGGUUACUCUUUAUAGUGCAUGAAUUUUUUUCUUUAUUUUGAAAGAUAACUUGUCAAUAAGCCACUUAGAUUGACAUUUGGAUACUCUUGCACAGACCAUAUUGCUCAAUUUACCCCCCUUGCCAAAAAAAUGUAAUACAUUGUAUUGCCAAAUGUAUUUAUGAGAUGUAAUUUUGUAUACGUAUAUGGAUAUUGCUUUAUUUAAACACAAGCUAAGUUCAUUAUCUCCUUCCCAAGCCAUUCUGUUGGUUCCCAUAUAGACUGUUACACAGCAACACCACAGAAAAGAUGCCAUCCUGACCUUAAAACUUUUAUUUUGCUUUCUUUUUGAAAACAAGGUCUUUAACUUGUUUGAACCAAUAAUGAUGUUGCUAAUAGUUGUCCUACUCAUAACUACUGUACCUUUCUCUUAGGAGAGCUCUUAGCAAUGUGCCCAGGUCAAGGUCUGCAUGCUCUAUGCAUUUCAGAGUAGCAUAGCCGGUAUAGAACAAGUCACAGUAAAUAAACUCUAAACUUGUCCAGAAAUGUGUAAUAUAUGUAAACUCAAACCUUGUUGAAGCUUAUUGAAUUCCUUGGUCAACAGACAGGACCAAACGGUGUAUCCUUAUAGUGUCCCAGGAUAUGAUUUCUCUUGUUCUCAAGGUGCUCUCAGUCAUCUUGGACAUCAAGGUGUUUGCUUCCCUUUAAUCUCAAACAUCCCAUCUCAAACAUCCUUGGGGUUGAACUGUAUUAAUAAAUGGGCUGGAACAUUAUGUAUGCCAAUUCUUAAUACUGUAUGUGGCAUACAAUCUUCCAUAUCACACUGGGUGUAACACGUGGCUCACAAUUUGCGUUAUUUAUUACCGUUAAUGUUAUCACUUUUCUUGCUAUAUUUGAUGGUGUUAUUAUCCUUAUUGCUCUUGCAACAGAUUGGUUUGAUGUCAGUGGUUUUUAAUCUCAGUUUUUGGGACAAUGUGGAGAACUUUUUAGACUUUCCCAAAUGUAAGGAGUUAUAUAUUUCAGCUUUUUUUCUGUCCAAGUGGAGAAGUAUUUGACAUUCUGCCAUGGCAUGGUGACAAUAUGCUCUUUUUACAAAUGUUUCAUAGUGGUGGGACAUGCUGCAGAGUGACAGCCUGCUCACAGUGACCUUUGGUGCAGUGCCACCGUCAAGCCUGGAGUCACAAUAGUGUUCUGCACCGUCUCUCUAUUUGGAAUAAGAUUUGCUGUGUUUACUCACAGCAGGCAGUUCCAGCCAGUUUACAAUCCGACACUACUCAAAUCAUGCUGCCAGUCCCAUUAGUCUCUGACAAGAUACACUAAGGUUGGGCCGUCACAUUUCCAACAUUAAGUAGCUUUGCUUGCAACUGGUCAUACACUAAACCGCACUAAACACUGUUGAAAGAAAGCACUAUAAUACUUUCCACCAUGAUGUGUACAGCACCAUCUUCUAUGUGUAAUUAUUUAUGCAGAUGUCUAAAAAAAAGAAAAAAAAGAAAGAUGAAUUCCAAUAGUCAUGUAGAAAACUAUAUAACAAUAAGGAGAUAAAGACUAUAUUAAAAAUAUCAGUAAUGACAUAUAGAAAAAAUAUUUCAUCUGAAAGUUAUUUAUUCAAUCUAUUGGCAGAUUUACAAAUUGGUCUAUAUUGAAAAGAGAAUAAUUCAACUAUGUCUUGUCCAUGUUUACCUGGUUUGCUUCCCUUCCUUUCCUGCCCCAAAAUGAGAAUGUAUUUAUCCCCCACCCUCACUGCCCUGCCUGUAAUGGAAUAAACUGCAAACUAUGAAAAUAA